GGUCACGUCAAUAUACGAAUUUAUUACAGCUGGCCAUUGUCGGUCCCUUAAGUAGCUCCAGGCAAGAUGACAACUAUUCAGCCGGCAUCUCAGGUACAUUCUACUGCCGGGGCCGUCCCCAUCAAAAAUGAGAAAGGUCAGAUGUACAUGUUGAAAGUGAAGGUGCAGCGUUACGUUGCUGGUAAAAAACCUGACUUUGCUUCUAGCUCAAGCUCGGACUCUGACAACGAACAGAAUGCACGACAGGUGGAGGAGAUUAAAGCAUUCUCCUCACGACCUAGUGUAACCAAAGGCAGAGGGAAAAACGAAGAUGACGACGGCGAAGGGCAGCUGACCGCCGCUGACUUACAGGACCCUCGGUUCAGACGUCUCGUGAGAGCAAAGGAGGAGCUCUCCGAAAGCAGCGAAGAUGAGGAUGCUGAUGAUCGGGUCGCGCGACACAAGAAGUUUCGGCGCAUCGGUCAGCACAGCGAAGAGAGUUCCGAACGUUCCGGGGACGAGCAGGAUGACGACCAGGAGAUGGAUGAAGCCGAAUUGAUCCGUCGGAGAGAACUGAUUCGUCGCAAGGCGCUUGCUGCUCGUCUGAUGACCGAAGAGGAGAAAGCCGAAGGCUGGGGUGAAGAGGGCGAUGAUCAGGAAGCGGAUGACGAAGAGGAGUUGGAGUAUUCCGAAGAAGAGUAUACCAGCUCGGAGGAUGAAAUCGCUCCCAAAUUAAAACCCGUGUUCGUCAGAGCAUGUGAUCGUGUCACUUUGCAGGCGAAGCACAAAGCAGAUCAGUUGGCCGAGGAAGCCGAAUUGGAAUCCAAGCGGUUGGCCGAGGAACGGCGAAAGACAACUUUGAAGCUGUUGGAGAGCGAAUUGCGUCGCGAAGCCGAGGAAGCUCAUGCAAUCGAGGACGCAUUGGACGCGCUAGACUCCGAUGAAGGUCAAGGCAAUCCACAGGCUGAGCAGGAGGAGUACGAGAAAUGGAAGGUCCGCGAACUACGGCGAAUCCGUCGCGACCGCGAAGCUCGUGAAGCCCAGAUCCAGGAGAAGAAUGAGAUCGAGCGAAUUCGCCAGAUGACAGAGGAGCAACGCCGAGAAGAAUUCUUGCGCAACCCGAAGAAAGUGACCAAUCAGGCGGUGAAGGGCCGAUACAAAUUCCUUCAGAAAUACUACCAUCGGGGUGCCUUCUUCGUCACUAGUGUUGAAGCACCGGUCUUCCAACAGGACUUCGCGCAGCCAACGCUUGAGGAUCAUUUUGAUAAAACGAAACUUCCAGCGGUCAUGCAGGUUAAAAACUUCGGUCGAGCUGGGCGCACCAAGUACACCCAUCUGGUGGAUCAAGACACAACGGUGUUCGAUUCCCCGUGGUCCACGAGUAAUCCACAGAAUGUCAAAUUCCAAUCCACGCAUGGCGGUGGUUUCAAACAGGUCUUCGACAAACCCUCGGCCAUCGAACGAAACAAAAAGAAAACCAUUUAACUUGUACAUAAAUGAUGUUUUAGACUUAUUUAUUUCCCCCAUAUCCCCAUGCUACUCUCUGGCGGAAUGACUCCGCGGCCUUGUAUGAUGUCCCCACCACCAUUUUAUUUGACUAAUAUUUUGACAAGAAUCGAUGUUCUUUGUGUAUGCCG